UGCAGAGGCAUUCAGAUGUUGAGGGAAAACAACAUGAAGCAAGUACUUGUUCUGCUGUCAGUGUUGUUGGUCACCGUGUCCUCUCGCCCUGAUGAGGAGCUUGAAUGUAUGUCGGGAGAAUGUCUUCCUGCUGCACUCAUCUCUGAUUUGAAGACAGACUGUAAAAAUGGCAUCGACCAGGGGAUUUGGGGUUUAUGUACCUUUGAGCAUCACUCCUGUGGAUGGAACGACACCAGCGACACCUCCUACCGCUGGAGACGGCAAAUGGCAAACAUUACCUCAGUCCCUGGAGUGGAUCAUACCACAGGAAGUCCAUCAGGAUAUGUCAUGCAUGUAGAUGGCAAACAAGAAGGUGUUAUGUUUCCAACGGCUACACUGGAGUAUUCUGUUGACAAGAUGGCAUCUCUGGGAUGUCAGAUCAACUUCUGGUACUAUAUUUAUGAUGAAGGCUCAAAAUUGUCAUCAUCUUUUAAACUAACAAUGGUCAGAGGCAACACUGAGGAGGAGUUGAUGCCCGUAUCUGACAGUAACACAGAUGUUUGGAAUAAUGCUACCGCCUUCAUUGGUAAUCGGCCAGGAGGAUACAAGCUGCGGUUGUCAUUUGAUCAAGAAUUGUUAACAGAAAAGGACGUCAUGGUGGACGAUAUCAGCUUUGAGUACUGCGAAGAGGGAGAGGUCCCAGCAGGGUCGCACCAACUCUCAUGUGAUUUUGAAACUGACACCUGUUCAUGGUACCCUGACUAUACUGCCAGCCUUUUGUGGGAAAGGAAUGAUAGAUAUGAUGAUGGCCCAGCUGGGGAAGGCCACUACAUGCUCAUCAAUGCUGCAUCCAGCCUGAAUAUCUCAUCAACAGCAAGACUCAUCAGCUUGCCUCAACCUGCAGGUCAAGUCAUUUGUGUGAGCUUCUUGUACCACAUAUUUGGCAGCAGCAUUGGUUCAUUGAAGUUUAUUUCAAAACAUCCUGGUGAAGAUGAGGUGGUUAUGUGGAUGAGAAGCGGCACCCAGGGAAACAAAUGGAGAUUUGCGGAUCUUACCUUCAACAGUGACAAACCAAUACAGUUUAUUAUAGAAGCCGUGGUGGGUGGAAAUAAAGGCAGCAUAGCCUUUGAUAACAUACAGGUGUCCAGCAGUCUGACUGGCUCUUGCCCGGCCGAGAGAGAGUGCACCUUUCAGGGCUCCCUCUGUGGUAUGAAGCCUCUACCAUCUGCAAACUUCACCUGGAACCGGAUCACAGGGGCGUCCCAACCAGCCAACUCCUCAGGACCAGCCACAGAUCACACGCUGGGGACAGAGCAAGGUUACUAUCUGAGUGCCCAGCUGUGGAGUCAUCCCAUGGGGUCCAGAGUUGCAGUGGUGACUGCGGUGAUGGAACCCACUCCUCCUGACAAGGAAUGCCUGAUGUUCUGGUACUACAUGGAGGGAAAUGAAGUUGGGGAACUCAGUGUUUACCUUCAAACCGCUGAAAACCAAAGGCACUCUGCACCGCUGUGGACCAGAAGUGGAGAUCAAGGGAAGCACUGGAGGCAUGGAAGAGUGACGCUCAGUUCCGAUACCCCAUAUCAGGUGAUUUUUGAGGCGGUGGUUGGGAACGGAAUGAAGAGAGAUAUCGCCAUUGAUGACCUCACUGUCUUGAAUGGUGCCUGUCCCCCGACAGGUUUUUGUGACUUUGAAAUAGACUUCUGUGGUUGGGUGAAUAAUCCUCCAGCAGAGUCUGGAGUGGAGUGGGACUGGAUCUCAGCUGGCACGGGUCGUUUUAUUCCACAGAGGGACCACUCCACAGGUUCUGCUUUAGGCCACUUUGCUAUUUUCCUCCCCGUAGGGUCAGAUACAGAAAAAAUUGCCCAGCUGGAAAGUGAGACCAUGGAGGCAGUAGACCGUGCUUGCCUGGAAAUGUGGCACUAUACCAAUGGAUGGUUAUCAGAUGUGCCCUCAGGCCUUACACUGACAGUGUUUGUGAAUGAGACUGAUGGACUGCGUCCUGUGUGGAAUACAAGCGGAUAUAUGAAUGAUACAUGGCUCCAAGGGAGGGUGGACUACAAUGCCUCAGGACCUCACCAGAUUAUUUUAAGAGCCAGCUGUCCCAGCAGAACAGAAGGAAGUUUUGCCCUGGAUGAUGUCCACAUCAUCAGGAACGAGUCUUGUAAUGAGAUCAUGCCAACCACCACCCCAAACCCUGCCACCACGACCGCCGCUGUUCCUCCUUCUGACAUGGACUGCACCUUUGAACAAGGUCUGUGUAGUUGGGUCCAGGAAGUUGGCGAUAACUUGAACUGGACUCUCAGUAACGGACUUAAUGUGGACGAGCCAUGGGAUGGUCCUCAGUAUGAUCAUACUCUUGGAAAUAUCCAAGGUUCCUUCUUACUGUUGAAUGGAUCUGGAUCUAAGGACGAGGAGAGAGCAGUCAUCUCUGUCCCUGUCACCAGUCUAACAUCACAAAUCUGUGUCGGAUUCUGGUACCACAUGCUCGGACCUUCAGUGUCCACCCUUGAUCUGCUGGUUGGGACGAAGUCCUCUGAAGUAUUAGUCUGGACUCGCAGAGGGACCCAGAAUCCAGAGUGGAUUAAAGCACAAGUGACCGUCAACAUGAACGAAACUAAACGGAUGAUGUUCACCGGCCAUAGAAACACAGACAGUAAAGGAUUCAUUGCCAUUGAUGACAUCACAGUGAGGGAGGGAGCUUGCAGUGAUCAGAUUUCAGAUGUGUGUGGGUUUGAUUCAGACAACUGUGGCUUUACAAACAGUGUCGAUCAUGACGGUCGAUGGAUUCAAGAAAGAGGCACAAAAUAUAAAGAGGAUCACACCUAUGGAACCGAAAAUGGUUUCUACAUGACUGUGAGGACAUCAAACUCUACACAGACUGAAGCUCAGCUGCUCACACCUGAGUUGCACUCAGCUACAGCGACAUGUGUACGCUUCUGGUACUGGUUACCUGCAGGGCCAUUCAACACCCUUUCCGUGCAUGUGCUGCAGAACGGGGAGCUGGAUGAAGCACUUUGGCUAAGAUCAGGAACGCCCUCUUUAGGCUGGGAGGUUGCAGAGGUCACUGCCUCCUACCCUGCAAAAUUCCGCGUGGCAUUUAAAGCGGUCCAUGUGCCAGGCACUAACUCGUCAGUGAAAUUAGAUGAUAUAUCUGUGAGGGAUGGGGCCUGCAGUCUUCCAGGCACCUGUGACUUUGAGUCUGGACAGUGUACCUGGGUCAACAUCCCCAAAGAUCAUGGACAUGACUGGGUGGUGGCUCAUGGAGGCUUCCAGGGUCCACCGGCAGACCACACCACUGAGACACAAGACGGUCGGUUCUUGUUGAGCUCAGCGCUGCACCAGGACAACAGCAGUGUAGCACAGGUAUUGUCAGAGUGGAUCCAGCUAAAAGACGCCACCUCUUGCCUCACCUUAUGGUACCAUAUGGACAGCAGUGAGUCAGGCACGUUGAAGGUGUACCUGCGUUCAGGGCCAUCAGAGCAGGAGCUGAUGUUCAACAGUACCAGCAGUGGAAGCAGCUGGACCAGAUUCUCUGAGUCUGUGGAGAGGAACAAACCUUUCCAGCUGAUGAUCGAAGCAGAGUCCAACAACAGAGGAUUUAUUGCUAUUGAUGACAUCACUGUCACCCCAGGUCUUUGUCAAGUAAAUGAAACAAGGUUGCGAUUUGUGGGUUGUUCCUUUGAAAACGGCACAUGCGGUUGGGAAGACAUCAGUGUUGGCCAGUGUCAGUGGAUGAGAGGAAGGAACGCUUCUGAGAACACAGGACCACCUGUGGACAACACAGUGGGCACUGAACUGGGUUGGUACAUGGCAGUGAAUUCUCUCAGUGGAGUAGAAAUCAGCCCUGCUGCACUGCAGAGUCCCACCAUGAAACAGGCCAGCGCCACCUGCACGCUACACUUUUACUACAACAUGUAUGGAGAAGAUGUUAAAGACCUGAGUGUACUAUUAAAGGAGGGCUCCAGGACCAGCACACUGUGGUGGCUCUCUGGUAGCCAUGAAGAUUCGUGGCAUCAUGGCGAGGUAAUGGUUGGUCGAAUGCCUCAGGACUUCACCAUCCUGUUUGAAGCCUCCAGGACAUUCAACAGGCCGGGACACAUCGCCAUCGAUGACAUAGAAUUUGGCAACUGCACUCUGCCUGAGCCUCAGCCCUCGUGUCCAGAGAAUAUGUUCGUGUGCAACAACAACGCGUGUGUGCCGCAAAAUCAAGUGUGUGACUUCAGCGAUGACUGUGGGGACUGGUCUGAUGAGAACAACUGUGAGCAACAAGGUGUCGUGGAGCGCUGCAGCUUUGAAUACGGCCUGUGUUCCUGGGAGGAGAGUGAUGUGGACACACCUGGAGCUGAGUGGAUGUCUCACACAGGAGAGGAUUUCUGGCCCAAACACGGGCCUCACAGGGAUCACACUCAAAACUCUGCUGCAGGCCACUAUGCCAUCCCUGGGACUCACCUCACUGAGAAGGGCCAGAUGUCAGAGAUUCUUUCCAAGACCUUACUACCCAGCUCAAACUGUACUGUGAGGUUCUUCUUCUUCAGCCUGGAGGACGCUGCAGCCACACUGACAGCCCAGUUGAGGACGCAACAGUCUGGUAUCGACGACGUUGUUUUAUGGUGUAGGAAAAGCUCACAGCAGAGUUACAGCUGGCAGAGAGCGGCGGUCACGUUCUCCUCCUCAGACAAUAGCAAGAUUGUCUUCAGAUACGAGCGAACCGAUGGUCCCAGAGGACUCGUUGCAGUGGACGACAUCUCUUUCUCCCAGGAGUGUGUAUUUGACCCUGACAACAACAAGCUUCCUGACACGUCUUCCACCUCCGCCCCACCUACAUCCUCAAACACACCCACGUCUCCAGCCAUACCCUCGACCUCAACUGCACCAACCAACCCCUGUCAGGGUAAUGAGUUUUUCUGUUGGCGGUCAGCUGAAAAAGUGUGUAUCCUGGCAGCCUUAAAGUGUGAUUAUCAUCCAGACUGCCCCGAGGGGGAGGACGAGGAUGACUGUGGCCCAUGCACAUUUGAGAGCGGCCAGUGCCAGUGGACUGACAUCAGUGAUGGACAGAGCAGGUGGCAGAGACAGAAAGCCUGUAACGGCACUGAGCCGCCCACUGAUCACACCACGGAAACAGGCUACUACAUGAGAGUAAAUUUCAGCCAGGGGUCUAAAGGGAGUGAAGCACUGCUCCAGAGUCCCCCGCUGUCCCCUUCAUCUCCCUACUGCCAGAUACUGUUUCACUUCCACAUCAGCGCAGAGAGUGCUGGGUCACUCAGAGUGCUUAUGCAGCAAGCUGAGGGGAGUGAAGCAAUCCUGUGGUCACGCAGUCACAACACUGUCUCCCACUGGACCCCAGAGCAGCUGCCCGUAGGCCUGCACCAGCAGCCUUACAAGGUUUGGUUCAGCAGCAUCAGUAAUGUGACUCCGACAGAUGCUACCGCUGCAGGCCACACUGUUGCUGUGGAUGAUAUCUCCUUCCUGAACUGUGAAAAAUCCUACCAACCACCAGCUCUGUCUGCCUGCGGCUGUUCUUUUGAAGAUGGACUGUGUGUUUGGGUGCAGGGGGCCCAAGAUGACUUGACCUGGCUCAGCAGGUCCGGUUCAACAGAAACCCCCAACACAGGGCCUGCAGGAGACCACACUACCGGCAAAGGGAAAUACCUUUACAUCGAGAGCUCCCCACCAAGUGUUAAAGGAAGUACGGCCCAACUGAAGUCCCCACUGCUGUCACCUGCUGGUGAAAACGGAUACUGUCUGACAUUUUGGAAUCACAUGUUUGGAGCGACUGUGGGCUCCUUGAGGAUGAUUCUACAAACAGCUGACCCCUCCAAGAAAACUCUGGUGUGGCAGAAAUCAGGAAACCAGGGGGAUGAGUGGCAGCGGGUGCACAUCCACGUGACCUUGCAGGAAGUCCACCAAGUGAUUGUGGAGGCUACGGUUGGGGGAGAGGCCGGAGACAUAGCCAUCGAUGACAUCUCAUUCAUCAGUGGACCAUGUCCUGCUGCUUCUGACAUGUGUGACUUUGAGGAGGGGACCUGUGACUGGCAGCAGCAGACCACCGAUGACUUUGACUGGGUCAGACAGUCGGGCUCCACCUUCAACCCCAACACUGGGCCAGACAGCGACCACACCACCAACACACCCACGGGCCAUUACUACUUCCUGUCCUCCUCUACUGCAGACCGCGCCGGACAGAGGGCUGAAAUGUUUUCACCGUUGUACCCUGCAGUCAGAGGAGCUUGCGUGCAGCUGUGGUACCACAUGUAUGGCGAAGGAAUGGGGACGCUGAACGUCUACCAGCAGAGUGAAGAUGGCAAGAGAGCUCUGAUUUUCUCUCAGAUAGGAGACCAGGGACGGCUGUGGAGGUUCGCUCAGGCUUCACUUCUGCCCCGAGUUCAGUCUUACAGGAUAGUGGUUGAAGGUGUGAAGUCCGGCCCCACUCAUUCAGGAGACAUGGCCUUUGAUGACGUUCAGCUGACGGACGCUCAGUGUCCUCGUCCUGGACAUUGUGACUUUGAGACCAACAUGUGCAGCUGGAGCAACCUGGGAGGAGAAGUCGACCAGGAGGACUGGCUCCGCGGCAGAGGAGCCUCCACAAACCCCAACACCGGCCCCAGUGUUGAUCACACCACUAACUCCACGCAGGGUUAUUAUCUAUACGUGGACAGCUCUGUCGGUGAGUGGGGAGACAUGUCCUUCCUCAUCAGUGACGUCUUCCAGCCGUCCACUAGAGGUUACUGUCUGAGAUUCUGGUACCACAUGUACGGCGAUCAUGUCGGGACUCUUAGAGUUUACAUCAAUGACAGAAAAAUGCACGCAGGAGGCUACGAGGACGGGGAUCUGAAGUGGAUUGAGAUGGGAGACAAGGGAGACAAGUGGCAGGAGGCCAGUUUGACUAUUAAACACCAAGAGGCCUUCUGGUUUGUGUUUGUGUAUCAGAGGGGGAGGAACCCAGCUGGGGAUGUCGCUCUUGAUGACAUCACCGUCAUCCCUGGUGGCUGCUACUCAGGGCCUUCUAUUGACCCUCCUGAUAAUGACAGCGACACGUUGUCUGUUGGUCUAGCAGUCGCUCUGACUCUGCUGGUGGGAGUCAUCAUCUCCAUCGUCCUCUUUAUGCUCCACAGGAGGCGUAAUACAAUGAAUCAAAUUUUUAACAGUGACGAAAUUGACCAGAGUUCUGCGUUGGACCUCUUUGACUGCAAAAUAGAUGGCAUACAACAUGUAACUCAGUCUGACUUUUCCUUCUUCAACAAACUGUAUGAUCCAUCACGACCUGACUCUGACGACACCAGGGUUUCAUCCGAUGCUUAGUCCAGGUUAAUAACUACAAUGUAAGAAUUAAACUAUUACACUAUUUAUAAAUGAUGCCUGUUUUCUGGAGGUAUUUGAUUUACAUUCAGAUUUUUUUAAGAGCUGAAAUAACAGUGUUAGUGGGGCAUUUUAAGAAAAUGGAUCAGAUGAUGUAAUGGCAGUAAUCCUUCAGUUUUGAUAAUGACGUCUGGUUUAUUGGUUAUUAAAAAAUACUCAUUGCUUACCUGCAGAUAUGAUUAUUUUUCCAUUAUUGUAUCAUUCUCUUUGUUUUUUUUAAUCUCCUGUGCCAGGAUGUACAAAACCUGUAUAACUUGUAAAAUUGUAAUAAUGUGAAAUAGUUUGAAAAGCAUCAUUGUAUAAGCUCCAUUGCUCCAAGCUUUGUAUGUUUUGUGUGGAAAAAUCUUAAUUUAUGACUUGUAACUGAGGCUGUAAAUUUAAAAAAAAAAUAAUAAUAAAAAAAAAUGUAUAUACUAUUAUAAUCCCACAUUGGGAAAUUCUUUUUUCCACUCACAUUAUACACAGGUGCACACACACACACAUGCAGUGUAGAUGAGAUGAGUGAAGGGGUUGCCACACUGGACACCAAAGAGGCAGAAGUCCCAUGCAGGGAAGAAAAUGAUGGAGAGGAAAAGCUAGAAGACGGGCCCAAGGUAGGGCGAGAGGAGGAGCUAGAAGAAGGGUGAGAGGAAGAGCUAGAACAAGGGCCCGAGGAAGGGUGAGAGGAGGAGGUCGAAGAAGGGCCCAAGGUAGGGUGAGAGGAGGAGCGAGCGGUGGCGCCAGAAGCAGAGCUACGAGAAGAACAACCUGACCUUCUUGGGCAGCUGCUGCGGGAGGCUGGUGCUGGGACCCUGAGGCGGACGUCCUGUGGUCUGAUGGGCAGGGCCUCGAUGAGGGUAGCCAUCCUCACCGUACGCUGAGCCAU